GACAAGUGCCUCUUGGGCCCGCUUCUCUAACAAAUGUAAAAAUAAUGCCCUUGAACCAGGAGUGAAACUGAGCUAUCUAAGGAAAACACUGUGAGCAAAUACUGAGAGCCUAGGGAAACCAUCUGAUUAGAAGAGCUCCCCUCAGGAGCGCGUUAGCGGCACGCCUUCGGCAGCAGGAGGGCGGCAGCUUCUCGCAGCGGCAGGGCGGGCGGCCGGGAUCAUGUCCACCACCACAUGCCAAGUGGUGGCGUUCCUCCUGUCCAUCCUGGGGCUGGCGGGCUGCAUCGCGGCCACCGGGAUGGACAUGUGGAGCACGCAGGACCUGUACGACAACCCCGUCACCUCCGUGUUCCAGUACGAAGGGCUCUGGAGGAGCUGCGUGAGGCAGAGCUCGGGGUUCACCGAGUGCAGGCCCUAUUUCACCAUCCUGGGCCUUCCAGCCAUGCUGCAGGCAGUGCGAGCCCUGAUGAUCGUAGGCAUCGUCCUGGGUGCCAUUGGCCUCCUAGUAUCCAUCUUUGCCCUGAAAUGCAUCCGCAUUGGCAGCAUGGAGGACUCUGCCAAAGCCAACAUGACACUGACCUCCGGGAUCAUGUUCAUUGUCUCAGGUCUUUGUGCAAUUGCUGGAGUGUCUGUGUUUGCCAACAUGCUGGUGACUAACUUCUGGAUGUCCACAGCCAACAUGUACAGCAGCAUGGGUGGGAUGGUGCAGACUAUUCAGACCAGGUACACAUUUGGUGCGGCUCUGUUCGUGGGCUGGGUUGCUGGAGGCCUCACACUAGUUGGGGGUGUGAUGAUGUGCAUCGCCUGCCGGGGCCUGGCACCAGAAGAAACCAACUACAAAGCCGUUUCUUAUCAUGCCUCGGGCCACAGUGUUGCCUACAAGCCUGGAGGCUUCAAGGCCAGCACUGGCUUUGGGUCCAACACCAAAAACAAGAAGAUAUACGAUGGGGGUGCCCACACAGAGGACGAGGUACAAUCUUAUCCUUCCAAGCACGACUAUGUGUAAUGCUCCAAGACCUCUCAGCACAGGCAGAGGAAACUCCCAGAGAGCUCACCCAAAAAACAAGGAGAUUCCAUCUUGACUUCUUAUUGCUUUUGACUCACAGCUGGAAGUUAGAAAAGCCUUGAUUUCAUCUUUGGAGAGGCCAAGUGGUCUUAGCCUCAUGUCUCUGUCUCUAAAUAUUCCAUCAUAAAACAUCUGAGGUAUCAUUUAUGAAUUAGAGGCUAUAGCUCACAUUUUCAAUCCUCUAUUUCUUUUUUUAAAUAUAACUUUCUACUCUGAUGAGAGAAUGUGGUUUUAAUCUCUGUCUCACAUUUUAAUGAUUUAGACAGACUCCCCCCUCUCCCUCCUAGUUAAUAAACCCAUUGAUGAUCUAGUUCCCAGCUUAUCCCCAAGAAAACUUCUGAAAGGAAAAAGAGUAGAUCGAAAGACAUUAUUUUCUGCUGUUUGACUUCUGCCUCCCCACCCCUAACUUGGCUACUAAUACACACUUACUGAAGAAGAAACAAUAGGAGCAAGGUAUUUGCAAUCUCUCCAGCCCAUGAUCGGGUUUUCUUACGCUGUGAUCUUAAACGUUACCAAACCAAAGUGAUCUUCAGUUUGAGGCAACCAAGCCUUUCUACUGCUGUUGGCAUCUUAUUAUUCCAGCAAGACCAUUCUAGGAGUUUCCUGAGCUCUCCACUGGAGUCCUCUUUCUGUCGCGGGUCAGAAAUUGUCCCUAGAUGAAUGAGAAAAAAUUUUUUUAAUCUAAGUCCUAAAUAUAGUUAAAAUAAAUAAUGUUUUAGUAAAAUGAUACACUAUCUCUAUGAAUUAGCCUCACCCCCACAUGUGGAUAGAAGGAAAUGAAAAAAUAAUUGCUUUGACAUUGUCUAUAUGGUACUUUGUAAAGUCACACUUAAGUACAAAUUCCAUGAAAAGUUCAAUGAUCCUAAUUCUCUCCCUUUGAGGUUUCUAUGGCUCUGAUUAUACAUGAUAAUAAGUGUAAGCUAUGUAAAAACUAAAUAUUGUCUGGGCGCAGUGGUUCAUGCCUGGAAUCCCAGCACUUUGGGAGGCUAAGGAGGAAGGAUCACUUGAGCCCAGAAGUUCAAGACCAGCCUGGACAAUGUGGAGAAACCCUGUCUCUACAAAAUACAGAGAAAAAAUUGUCCAGUCAUGGUGGCAUAAACCUGUAGUCCCAGCAUCCCGGGAGGCUGAGAUGAGAGGAUCACUUGAGCCUGGGAGGCUGGGGCUGCAGUGAACCGUGAUCAGACCACUGCACUCCAGCCAGGUGACAUACUGAGAUCCUGUCUAAAAAAUAAAUAAUAAAUAAUGGAAUACAGCAAGUCCUAGGAAGUAGGUUAAACCAAUUCUUUAAAAAAAAAAAAAAAUGUUGAGCCUGAAUUAAAUGUUAUGUUUCCAAGUGACACAUGUCCACAUUUGCAUGGUUACAAGCCACUGCCAGUUGGCAGUAGCACUUUCCUGGCACUGUGGUCGGUUUUGCUUUGUUUUGCUUUGUUUAGACAUGGGGUCUUACUUUCCAGGCUGGCCUCAAACUCCUGCACUCAAGCAAUUCUCCUAUCCCGGCCUCCCAAGUAGCUGGGACCACAGGCGUGUGCCAUCAAAACUGGUCAGUUUUGUUACUGAGAGCUGUUCCUUUCUCUGAAUUCACCUACAGUGGUUGGACUGUCAGAUAUUUGGGCAAAACUGAAAGUUCUUUGCAACCACACACCUUCCCUGAGCUUACAUCACUGCCCUUUUGAGCAGAAAGUCUAAAUUCCUUUCAGGACAUUAGAAUUCCAUCCCAGUUUCAAAGCCAGACAGACCCCCUAGGAAACUGAGGUAAGAGCAGUCUCUAAAAACUACCCAGAGCAGCAUUGGUGCAGGGGAACUUGGCCAUUAGGUUACUAUUUGAGAGUAAAGUCCUCACAUCAAUAGUACAUACGAAAGUGACCUCCAAGGGGAUUGGUGAAUACUCAUAAGGGUCUUCAGGCUGAAUAGACUAUGUGUGGAGAAAGAACGGAUUAUGCCCCAUUAAAUAAUAACAAGUUGUGUUCAUCAAGAGUCAGAGCAGUGAGCUCAGAGACCCUUCUCACUGAGACAGCAACAUUUAGACCAAACCAGAGGAGGUAUUUGUGGAACUCACUGCCUGAGUUUGGGUAAAGGAUGAGCAGACAAGUGAACUAAAGAAAAAAGAAAAGCAAGGAGGAAUGUUGGGCAAUCUAGAGCAUGGGGAUUGUUAAGUGCUCUCUGGAUUUGAGUUGAAGAGCAUCCAUUUGAGCUGAAGACCACGGGGCACAAUGAGCUCUCCCUCCUACCACCAGAAAGACCCUGGUCAGGUCUCAGGCAGUGCGAUGUGGCUCAGCUGGGUUUUUAAUAAACACAUUCUCCAUCCAACACUUAAUUGUUUGAAAGUCUCCAUAUAGUUAGAUCGUGCUUUGUAAUUUUGUUGUUGUUGCUCUAUCUUAUUGUAUAUGCAUUGAGUGUUAACCUGAAUGUUUUGUUACUUAAAUAUUAAAAACACUGUUGUCCUACA